AUGGAUAUAAAGACCUUGCUGGAUAAUCUUCAUGAUGAAGUAUCCUGUUCUGUGUGUAUGUGUCCAUUCACUGAUCCAAAGCAGUUGCCUUGUUUGCACAGUUUCUGUCUUCACUGCCUGAACGGAAUUCAACGAACGAGCGGCGUCCGUGGUAAAAUUACGUGCCCCGAGUGCAGGAGACAGUUUCAAAUCCCUGGAAGUGGAAAUCCCAGCGAACUUCCCACUAAUUUUCGAAUAAACAGCCUGCUAGAUGUCUUAGCAAUAAAAGAGUGCAGUACAGUCCACGUCAAAUGCAGAAACUGCGACAAACGGAGCGCCCAGACCUUAUAUUGCUUUCAGUGUUGUUCCUUCUGGUGUGAAGAAUGUAUGAAAUGUAUUGUAGGACAUAACAUGAUUCGAGAAAAUAAAGACCACAGAACGCUAGCACUAAAAGAUUUUCAAGAUCAAGACAUCAAGGCUGUAUUAGAGAGACCGGCAUUUUGUCAGAAGAAACACCAUGAAAAAGAAGAGUUGAAGUUCUUUUGCAAGGGCUGUAAAGUCGCCAUUUGUAGCACUUGUGCCAUGACGCUUCAUGAAGGUCAUGGUAAGAUGCCGUUGCAAGAAGCUACUGAUGAGCGCAAAACCCAGAUCAACUCCAUGAUUCGAUCUUUGAAAGACAAAGUACGAGAAAAACAAACGGAAGUCGAACAAUUCAACCAAAAAAGCAUCGCAUUUCAAUCGAAAGUAACCGAGGUAAAAAGCCAAGUGCAGUCUUUUGUAGACCAAAUCAUUGCAAUCAUCGAAGCGAGGAAACAAGAUGUUUUUGAUGCAGUCGAUAAUCAAGCGAAAAAAUCACUGGGAUCUCUCUCACAGAAAAAAGACGAAGUGGAAAAACAAUUAAAAAUAAUUGAAUCCGCAAUUGAACAAACUGAAACUCUGUUGAAACGAAGCUUUAGCACUGAAAUCCUUGGAUUCAGUGAAACAUUUGAUACAAUCCUGCAGGAACAGAGCACUCAAGAAAACCGUGACACUGAAUAUAUUCCUCGGUUUAGUUUCACUAAAAGUGAAAAACUGAUUAACCUGUUGAGCAUGAGCGAGGGGAUAGGUAAAGUAGAAUUUGUUUUUAGCGAACCUAAAGCGCAACAAUCAGGAUCUAAAGGUAAAGAAAGUAGUAAAGCAAUAGCUGGGAAUAAAGGGGCAAAUGUUCGUGACAGUCCUCUUGAGACUCAGGUACAAACCAGGCGUUUCAGAUCUGUGCUUUCAUUUGGACAAAAAGGUAAGUCUGUUGGAAUGUUUAACGGGCCCUGGGGGGUGGCAGUGAAUGAUCAGGAUGAAAUUGCUGUGACUGAAUACUGGAACCAGAGGGUUUCAGUGUUUAGUAGUGACGGUACCCACUUAAGAUCGUUUGGUAGGAAGGGUAUGAAUAAUGGUGCGUUCCAGUGCCCUACAGGGAUCGCUUUUGAUAGUCAUGGCAAUAUUGUAGUGGCAGACUGUUAUAACCACAGGGUGCAAGUCUUUGAUAGGAAUGGUAACUUUCUUAGUAAGUUUGGUGAAUAUGGAAGUCAUGAUAAUCAUCUUCAAUACCCUAAAGGUUUAUCAAUAAACGGUAACGGUGAUAUUAUUGUUGCUCAUAGCAAAAACAAAUUAAUCAAGAUAUUCUCUUCAGGUGGGGGGUAUUUACGUAACUUUGGUGGAGCACGUUCUUUGGUCGAACCUUGUCACUGUAUCCAACACGGUCAAUAUUUUAUAGUCUCAGACUGGGGUGAUCAUUCCAUUAAAAUGUUUGAUCUUGAGGGAAGGUUUAUUUCUAAAUUUGGAAAACAGGAAAACAAGGAUGGAGAGUUCAAUAAGCCCUGUUGCUUGUCAGUUAACAAAGAUGGAUUGCUAAUGGUCUGUGAUGCGGUAAAUCACAGAGUUCAGGUAUUUGAACUGAGUGGAAAGUUUGUCACAAAGUUUGGAAGUAAAGGUAGUGAGAGAGGAGAGUUUAAUUGUCCACUGUCAACAGCAAAUCUUAGUGAUGGAAGGAUAGUUGUAUGUGAUUUUAACAACAACCGAAUCCAGGUUUUUGAGAAGAUAUAAUAUGAUCUUACCAGUGGUAUAAUUAUUGUUGAAAAGUUCAAACUGGGUAUCCAGAAUAAAAAACCGUAAUUUUUCGGAAAAAAAGCAUCUUGCGAGGUAUUUGUCACUGUUGACCUUUUCUAGUUCCCCGGGAGGGAGGGGUGCAUUAGAUUGCCCUCACAUGUACUUUGUCUCUUCUGUGAAUGUAACAAUAUAUUAUAUAAGCCUGGCUGUAAUAAUAGCUGAAAUGACAUUCAAAUUGUAAAUAUAUUUUGUAACCUUUUUUCAAAUGUACUGUAGUCUCAUCUAAUUGCCGAUUGUAGUUUAAUAAGGUGGUUCAAUUUUCUUGAGUCAAAAUUGUUUUUUGUCGUACACCCGUUCAUUUUCUUUCCAGUAGUUGCUAGUUGUUAGCAAGUUUAUUUUUGGAGGUAUUAUUCUCGAGCCCUAGCAUAAGCACCAAUUUUUUUCUCAUCAGGAUCUUCAGGUCUGUUGGUUACCACAUAUAUUAACCGAACUGUAUUACGUUUUGUUGAAAAUGCAUUAAAGGAUCUUCAAAUAUAAAGAAUGUCUUUUUUGCUCAAAUUUAUCGUUGUCAAAGAGACCGUCAUUUGUUGAAGUUAAACGUACCAGUUUACUUCAUUCAAGUGUAAAUGUAUUUAGCACGCGAGUCUAAUUGAGGACACUAUUUUUACGUCUCUACUCAGAGAAUUAUGCACCAUCAUUUCUAUGUUCAAUGAUCGUCCGAGUCACGUGUAGGUCUUCUGAGCAGUUUGCAGGACAAGGCAGCACAGCGAACCCCUUUUAUUGACACCUGCUCAUGAAUACAGACACCUCAUUUUUGUCCCUGGGGAAAAAGGCCCUUACAUUUUCUCUUGAUUCAACCCCGUUAAUACGGACACUUUCUAUGCCCCCCCUCCCCUCAGUGUCUGUAUUAACGGGGUUUGACUCAGUUCCUUUAAUUAGUUAUUUUAAGACCCUCAAUAUUGGUCCGGUCCCGUUGCUUACCACUCCUGCAGUCAAACGCUCUGCAGGCUGAGUUAACCUUGUCAUUUAAUUAAGGUAGAUAUCGGUUAAAUCUACCAUAAACGCUUCAGUUUAGUGCAUGAACUACAAGCUGUACGCAAGUGUAACCUGCGUGGCAAGCGCAUGAAGGGGAGGGGAGAGGAAGGACACGAGGGCAGAUAACUGUUCUCUCCUCUCCUCUCCUCUCCUCUUGCAUGUCCUUAUCUCAUCUUACCCUAAAUCCUCUGAUAAGUCCCCCCUCUCUAAUAAGCCCUUUCCCUCUAGUAAGCUCAACCUUUUCAGGGGAAGAAAGUUAAUAACCUUCCCCCAUCUCUAUUAAGCCCACCCUCCCUUCCCCUAAUUAUUUUUCACUAAUAAAUGAUAGACUGUACUAAUCAAUCAAGACCGUAAAACUUUGUGUGGGCUGAUCCGGGAUAGUUUAUUUACCAAGUGGUAGUUCGGAUUUGACUCUGAUCCUUAGCUGCAUGACCUUCAAACUUCUUGUUCUUCAGCUUCUCCUCUUUGUAUUCUAGUUUUUUAUGGAGAACUGAUAAGAUAGGGACAAGAGGAGGGGGAGAGGAGAGGAUUAUAGAGGGGAUUAAGGAGACUCCUGCAAUAAGGAACCCUAUUUUGCUAAACACGACCGUUGGACCGUUUAUUACUGUUACCCUAGAGAAGCGUACGCCUUGUAGAAAGUAGUGGGAGGGGACAACUUCAGUUGUCCAUUUUAAUGAGCUGUUAGUUUGCUUUCACAAUCACACACAGUCAGACAGCUAUGUGUCACCUGAUAAAGUAGCUCCCCGUGCGGAAUCAAAUUCUGAGCUGUGUUAAAAAAAAAAAACUGGAUUCAAACCAUUACUGAGCUUUGCCAUUAGGCUUCUUCUCUUCUUUCAUUCAAUUACUGUUGCAUUUUCCGUAGGUUUUAUUCAAGAACUCAAAUGCAUCUAACAGUGAGUGGCUUUUUCUAUACAUGAAAAGUUAAGUAAAGAAAAGAAACUUACCUCAAUGUGAACCUUUGUGGAACAACUUUGUUCGAAGAGAUCGCCAAAUUUUGUUUACAGUAUUACGUAUGUGUUAGUACACAGGCAACGGAAACGAAAACAAAGUUUGGAGCGCACUGGCUUUUUUGAGUGCGUUAAUGCUGACCAGAAAACUGUCGGCAGCAGCUAAGAGCAACGUUUCAUCAGACAUCGAGGAGUUAUUGGGUUGACCUUGUCUACUCUUCCUUCUCAUGUUUACUCUUUGUGAGUUUGGACCUGUUUGGAUCUUAGAGCUACCCAAUUUAGAGGUUAAGCCGGCAGUUUUUUUACCGUAUUUUCCAGCCUACGAAAUGACAGUAAAUUUUGACUCCAAUUUAGACAAACGCCACUUAGCUACACAGGAAAAUAGACAAGUAGUUACAGCCUAUUUCAAAUCAAACACUUCGAAAGGUAAAGACACUAUGCGACCAUUUUUUUUUGUUGAAGAUACUGCAGGAGAUGUGAAAGACGAUGACGAUGACAAUGAUGAUGGCGAGGAUGAUGAGAAUAGAAGUAAUGAUGAUAAUACUGAUGACUUUGACGAGGAAAAUGACUCUAAAUCAGAGGUUAACCACAAGAAGAAAGUAAAUGAUGAGCCACAGAAAUAA